AUGCCUUACCAACAGAACCUGAGGCGCUACAGGGGUAUUAUCGCUAUUCAAAAUUACGACAGAGAGUAACAAAUAUUCCGAAUUCACAAUUUCAUAAAGAUCUUUCCAGGUUUAGUUUCGUUCAUUUAUUUGCAAACUGCCAGACUGCUUGUCUUCCGGCAAGCGUUGCCCGGAAUCGUGGAUACGAUGACACAAGUCUCUGUGUUGGAGACAUUGUCGUCGUGAGAAUUGCGUGAGUCCAGCUAAGCAAUUUCAAAGAUUGAUGGAAAAUUUCAGAGAACGUAAUAAUGAGAGUGACCUUCUGAAAAAGUUUUAUGUUGUUGAACUAUGCCUCGUGGAAGAAAGGCGCUUUCAGCAAAACGGCAGAUGGAUCACGGUUAAACUUAAACUUAUCAGGAAAGUCCUAUAUUUGUUAACUUUCAGGGAACAGUCGUUAAAAUUAGCCACAGCUAUGGAUAUUAUCUGAGAAAUGAAGUCCUGGGUAUUCUUUUUUUGAAUUUCGGAUUACAAAAGGCGUUUCUUUAUUAAACUUAAAAGAUUUUUAUAGUUUGUGAGUCUCGCGUGUUCAGAGAAAAAAAUGAAAACAGCGCGUAAAUGUGGGAGAGUCUCCAAAUGACGAGGAUAGCGCAGAGAAAAAUCGCCUUUUCCAGUAGCGGAAAUAAAAAUUGGAAUUUAUUCAUUGGAGUAGAUUUUUGAUUUUUUUUUUUCGCGUUUCAUUUUUCUAUUACUUUUUUCCCCUUACAAAAAAAACGUUUUUAGCCCCCGUUGAAUUUAUGAUGAAACUUUGCUCAAAUGUGCUAUCGAUUCCCCCGUAUUUGAAAAAUAAAAAAAAUUUCUUGCAACACUUUUGGUUUUUCGAGUUAAGAGGUUUCAAAAGUUUGCAGUAGAGUUUUUUGUCAUAAUUCGCAUGUUUUGAAACCUUCGAUGCUUUAACUCGAAAACAAAAUCUAUUGCAAGAACUUUUUUCUUGUUCAGAAGUCAGGAAGUCCUAAAGUAUGUACGUUUCAGAUAAGUUUUAUCAAAAGCUCAACGGGGGGCUAAGAAAAAGUUUCCUAGUUAAGAAGAAAAACCGAAAAGCAGAUUUAGGGUGGUGACGGAGUUUUUUGUCUUGAAAGUUAUGAAAAAAAAAAGAAAGUUCCAAAGGAGAAUAUUCGAUAUUUUUUUUUCAGGAAUAGUGGGAGAUCAAGAUGAGAUUUUUGAAGGACUAUCCGGAUGGCACACAUAUUGUGGACAUUAGAAUGCCGCCUUCCAGUUUCUACAGAAACAUUUCAAAUAUUACAUCUGUUUUUUCCAAAGAAAUUCCGUUCAUUGUAGCCUUCGUGAGUUUAUAUAAGCAUCAUUCUAGCUCAAAAAACGUGUUUUUUUAGAAAGCGAAGACGAUUGACAGGAACAAUUCUGUGGUUUAACUUGAAUGUUUUUUGAUUUUUGACAUUUUUUUUAUCCAGGAAGAGGUGGUGUAUUGCGAAGGAGUGGUUGUCGGCCAACACAAUCACUCGGAAAGAUCCCGGUUGUACAUUUUCACCAAAGGCUGCCGGCCUUACACGGAUAUUCUGGCCGUGGUUCCAGAUGGAUGCAGUAGUUCUGUUUUCCCAAGCGGAACAUUUGUUUCGUUUUUAAUGACGUUAGUUUGAUUAUGUUCUCUCUGUUAGUUCAAGAAAAAUGAACAGAUAGGCUUUAUUUCAACAAAAAAAUUGCAAAGAAACGAAAAAUUGAAUAUUUUAUUGAAUUACUUGAGCAUAAAAGUAAUCACCUUGCGCCUUUAUGACACCAAAAAAAAAUUAGUCGAAUGCAUUUAUAUGGUUUCAAAGCAGCUUCGGUUAUCUUUCGUGUAAGCACAUUAUUUGAUGUUAACUAAAACUGGCUUCAGCGUUAUAAAAAGCUCAAAUUUCCCUCUGAUAGAUUUAUAAAAAUCUUUCAAACUCAAAAAAUGUUUACUCACAGGAAAAGUGACUACAAUAGAAGAAGUUAUAAGAAGAAUCUGCGAACCGAUUAUGCAAGCCUGAGAGUUUUCAAUCCUCCGGACGAUGUCGCGUCGAUCAUUGAAGAUGGAGAGAUGUUUGUGAGUUGAACAAGAGAAUAAAAUAGAGUUUUCGCUAAUUUUCAGAUCAUUCUGAGGAGGUUCUCAACAAGUCCUUUCGUGCUCUGGCAUUAUUGGCUCGGCAAUUUUGACGACCCGGAAAGAAUUCUCGAAGCCGACAAAACGUGAGCUGAAAUGAAUUUGAAUGAGUAGAGCAUCACUUCGCAGAUACGCAGAAAUCAAGCUGAGAGAGUUCAGCGAGCCCGAUAAACCUGACAGAAACCCGUGGGUAGCUGUUUUGGCUAAAUUAUUAUAA